AUGAGUCGCAUGCCACAUCCUGAGGGGCAUCAGCUGCCCCCCGGUACGCAUGGAGGCUACGAACCACCACCCGCCUGGCGACCCCCAUAUGCGCCGCACUCGCAUUUCGAGGAUCGCCGGCCGUCCUCGACUCAGGCCGUGGCGACCCUGCCCCCGCCCAACUACGCCGCCAUGCCCGGCCGCGAACUGGCACACCUCCACCACAUCGACGGGUCGUCCAAGGCCAGUCCCAAGUCCGCACGAGACCUCGCCGCAUUCCGCCCCGCCAGAAUACCGCCCGUCCAUCGGUUAUCAACCGCCAGAACCGCCCGGUACAGGCGAAACAACACCUACAUCAGGUCCGUUGCCGGGGCCAUCGCACUGGUCGCCUGCACCGAUGUCCGCGGGGGCUCCCCGCCCCCGCCGUAUGGACCGGAGUUCUAUCAGAACCCUGCCUAUGGACAUCGGGCGCGCAAGGCGGCCAGAGCGCAACAAGCUUGCGAUCAGUGUCGAACCAGGAAGGCGAAAUGCGACGAAGGUCGACCGGAAUGUAGCCACUGUAAAGAAAACGGUCUGAAAUGUGUUUAUAAGGAGAUCCCCACUCAUAAACAAGAAAAGUCGAUUCAACCGAUUUUGACCUCACUCAUGCAUUUCAAAGACGAGGUCCUCCAAGACCUCAGGCGCAUGCUCAACGCUCAAGAGCACAACACCAACCAACUGACACAUAUUCUUGCGGCGCAGCAAAGUAGCCUGUCAACCACCGACAAGAGCCGUCUGAGCCAGGGCGCCAUCGCGCCUCCACCCCCCGCGGGACAUACCGAUGAAAAUGGAAGCGCCCGCUCUUCCUUCGCAGAUGGAUGCACCACGGCAGUCAGCUUUGAUGACCCGGCAUUGAAGGAUGAUAAUGAGGGUGAACUAUCGAUUCCGUUGGAACAUACGACCGCAGCACACAAGCUUCUCAUGUGGCCGGCCAUCAAGAAGCUACUGAGCCCACAGGAUUAUGAUAAGGACUAUGUGAUGGCUGUGGAGGGGAAACGUGGUGUGACCAGUAUUUUUGGCCGAGGCGAAAACUCCUUCUCAGCGGACGGUUCAUUCCUCCCGGGGUGGCAGCCAAAGGAAGUCAAAUCUCAAAGCGGCGAUCACAGCACUCCCAAAUCAUCAGGUGUUACGAAUACGGCGGCAGACCCUGAUCUGGGGAGCUGGGCGGGCUUGGCUCUCCAAGACGACGAUGCCGAAAUUUCUCGAAUGGGGAUAUUCCGGCUGGGUAAGAAAACCGUCAGGCAGUAUGCAGCGAGCUAUAUCAAACAUAUUCAUCAGCUCCAUCCUUUCCUGCACCAACAAGAGCUCGAGUCCAAGAUUGCGACUUUCAUCGAUUGCUACUGCUCUGUCGAUUCACUCUCAUUUUGUCGCGAUAAGAAGCGCAAACGCUCAGCGGAGGACGUGGAUGGUAGCGGUCGAGACGGAUGGCCCCGGCCACCCGUGGGUCUGAAUAUCGACAAUGCUAUAAUCCUUCUGGUUCUUGCUCUAGGUGCAAUCUGCGAGACCAAAUCCGCCCUCCCAGGCCCGGUGAUGGCCAAGCGACCAAACUACCUGGAGCAACACAUUCCCGGUCCACCUGCACCGCCCGUGCCGGUUCCAGAACCACCAAUGCACCCUGCGAAUGGUUUCCCAUCUCCCGCCAACUCGGAUUCGGCUCUACCUUCACACUCACACUCCUACUACUCUCAACCUCCCCCUCCCCCUCCUUUUGAUAAUGCGAGCCAGUCUUUUCCAUCGGCGAAAAUCGAGAACGGAAGAGAGAAAUCGCCGAAACCUAUUGUACCCGUCCCUCGACCAACUCCUGAUACGGAUCAACGGCCAAAGAACUACAAGGUCAUCCCGGGUCUCGCCUUAUAUGGCUAUGCUAUUCAGAUUCUGGCAUUCUUGCAUUCUGGCAUCCAUCUGCAGCAUGUUCAAGCGAACUUGCUUGCGGGUCUCUAUGCAGGUCAACUUGCGCACCCCUUCUCCAGUCACAGUCACAUUCACAAAGCCGCGUGGGCGUGCCAAGUACUCGUCGCCUCGAAGGAGUACAAGGCGCUUGCGGCCCAAGGCGGAGGUCCUGCGCAAGAUCUAGAUAACUUCGCAUACUGGACUUGCCUGCAACUCGAGAGUGAUCUUCUCGCCGAGUUGGAUAUUCCUGCUAGUGGUAUCUCCCGCUCAGAAGGACUCAUCGCCCUUCCCAAGGGACGAUGGACCAUCCCGCUACCGAAUAACUUCGACGAUCCACGUGUGCGAAUGAUGCUUUUCUACUCCUCCCAGAUCCAUUUGCGGAAAGUUCUCAAUCGCGUGCAUACCGAUUUAUACAAAGUGUCCAAGCAAGGACAAGCACGGUGGUCGUCUAGUGUGCAGGAGGCGCUCAGUCAGAAUCUCGAUCUCUGGCGAAACAGUCUUCCUGAUGUGAUGAACUGGAAAGAUGAAGACCCUCCAGCAGAAGACAUCAACUCUGCCCGAAUGCGUGCCAAAUACUACGGCGCUCGAUACAUUAUCCACCGUCCUCUCCUAUACCAUGCUCUGCACUAUGGCGGGUCUGGCGCGCGUGUUUCUGCGAAGCCGCCAGCUGUGGAUUCGCCCACUAGCUCCGUGACCAACUCCCAACAAAUGUCUCCCUCCAUGACGAAUACAUCUCAUCGAGCACCAAAUAUGACACGGAUGAUCAGCGAUAUCGGGACGGUGUCGAGUAACCCCGCAGCGGCGUUCCCGAACGGGUGGACGCCGCCUGUCGUCAAUUUGCGAGAUUUGCCUUCCAAACUGCGCCGUGCAUGCAAAGUCUGCGUUGACUCGGCCAUCCUUAGUACACAAGCGUUCGAUGGAAUCGAGGACCCUUUCUCUGCGAUGACUAACCCUUACACUGAAGAGCCAUAUCGCAGUGCGCAUGAUCCUCUCGGAGGAGCCCGGAUGGAAGAUCAGUUCGUCAUGGACCGGGACUUCAGUCAGAGUUCCAAGACGGAAUAUGGUUCGAAGAACGAGAACAGCCGAUUGGUGGUGACCAAUAUCUUCGGUACAGCUCAUGCCCAAUUCGGUAACCUUCUUGUCCUCUCUGCCACAUACAUGUCCAGCUUGUCCGAACUAGUCGACCGCGACAUUCUGAAACGCCUCCUGAAGCGAACCAUUCGCUUCCUCAUUCGCAGUGAACAUAUCUCCCCGACUCUCCGCGCCGACGCCCGAAUCCUCACCGAGAUCUUCAUGAAGAUAUUCCACCACUCCCCCAACCUGGAUUCCCCUGAUUCUCCUUAG